GUGGAUUACCAUAUCUUUUGAUCGCAAUGAUUGCAGCAGUUGAUAAUAAUAUAAGUUCAUUAGAUGUUGGUGAUGGCAUUACAGAUGUCGCAGAAAUUGAUUGGAGCUGUUUGGUAGGUCAUAUGAUGUAG